AUGCAGGCGGCGGCGGCUGCGUCCGUGCCCUUCUUGCUGCUCUGCGCCCUGGGGACCUGCCCUCCGGCGCGCUGCAGCCGGGCAGGAGACGCCUCACUGACGGAGCUGGAGAAGAGGAACGAAAACCGCUUCCUGGAGCGCCAGAGCAUCGUGCCACUGCGCCUCGUCUACCGCUCGGGCGGUGAAGACGAAACUCAACACGAAGCGCUUGACACGCGGGUGCGGGGCGACCCCGACGGCCGGCAGUUGACUCACGUUGACCAGGCAAGCUUCCAGGUGGAUGCAUUCGGAACAUCAUUCGUUCUCGAUGUCAUACUAAACCAUGAUUUGCUGUCCUCUGAAUACGUAGAGAGACACAUUGAACAUGGAGGCAAGACUGUGGAAGUUAAAGGAGGAGAGCACUGUUACUACCAGGGCCAUAUCCGAGGAAACCCUGCCUCAUUUGUUGCAUUAUCAACAUGCCAUGGACUUCAUGGGAUGUUCUAUGAUGGGAACCACACAUAUCUCAUUGAGCCAGAAGAAAACGACACUUCCCAAGAGGAUUUUCAUUUUCAUUCGGUUUACAAGUCCAGACUGUUUGAAUUCCCCUUGGAUGAUCUUCCAUCUGAAUUCCAACAAUUAAACAUCACUCCACCAAAAUUUAUCUUGAAACCAGGACUAACAAGGAUUAAACGGCAGCUUCGCCGACAUCCUCGUAAUGUAGAAGAGGAAACUAAAUACAUUGAACUAAUGAUUGUGAAUGAUCAUCUCAUGUUUAAAAAACAUCGGCUUUCCAUUGUACAUACCAAUACAUAUGCGAAAUCUGUGGUGAACAUGGCAGAUUUAAUAUAUAAAGACCAACUUAAGACAAGGAUAGUAUUGGUUGCCAUGGAAACCUGGGCGACUGACAACAAGUUUGCCAUAUCUGAAAAUCCACUGAUCACCCUACGUGAGUUUAUGAAAUACCGGAGGGAUUUUAUCAAAGAAAAAAGUGAUGCAGUUCACCUUUUUUCGGGAAGUCAAUUUGAGAGUAGCCGGAGCGGGGCAGCUUAUAUUGGUGGGAUUUGCUCGUUGCUGAAAGGAGGAGGCGUGAAUGAAUUUGGGAAAACUGAUUUAAUGGCAGUUACACUUGCCCAGUCAUUAGCCCAUAAUAUUGGUAUUAUCUCAGACAAAAGAAAAUUAGCAAGUGGUGAAUGUAAAUGUGAGGACACAUGGUCUGGAUGCAUAAUGGGAGACACUGGCUAUUAUCUACCUAAAAAGUUCACCCAGUGUAAUAUCGAAGAGUAUCAUGACUUCCUGAAUAGUGGAGGUGGUGCCUGCCUUUUCAACAAACCUUCUAAGCUUCUUGAUCCUCCUGAGUGUGGCAAUGGCUUCAUAGAAACUGGAGAGGAGUGUGACUGUGGGACUCCUGCAGAGUGUGUCCUAGAAGGAGCAGAGUGUUGUAAGAAAUGCACCUUGACUCAAGACUCUCAAUGCAGUGAUGGGCUUUGUUGUAAAAAGUGCAAGUUUCAGCCUAUGGGGACCGUGUGCCGAGAAGCAGUAAAUGAUUGUGAUAUUCGUGAAACAUGCUCAGGAAAUUCAAGCCAGUGUGCCCCUAAUGUUCAUAAAAUGGAUGGAUAUUCAUGUGAUGGUGUUCAGGGAAUUUGCUUUGGAGGAAGAUGUAAAACCAGGGAUAGACAAUGCAAAUACAUCUGGGGGCAAAAGGUGAUGGCAUCAGACAAAUACUGCUAUGAGAAACUGAAUAUUGAAGGGACUGAGAAAGGGAACUGUGGAAAAGACAAAGACACAUGGAUACAGUGCAACAAACGGGAUGUGCUUUGUGGUUACCUUUUGUGUACGAGUGUUGGUAAUAUCCCAAGGCUUGGAGAACUCGAUGGUGAAAUCACAUCUACUUUAGUUAUGCAACAGGGAAGAACAUUAAACUGCAGUGGUGGGCAUGUUAAGCUUGAAGAAGAUGUAGAUCUUGGCUACGUGGAAGAUGGGACACCUUGUGGUCCUCAAAUGAUGUGCUUCGAACACAGGUGUCUUCCUGUGGCUUCCUUCAACUUCAGUACCUGCUUAAGCAGUAAAGAGGGCACUGUUUGUUCAGGAAAUGGAGUUUGCAGUAAUGAGCUAAAGUGUGUGUGCAACAGGCACUGGAUAGGUGCAGACUGCAACACUUACUUCCCUUACGAUGAUGCAAAGACUGGAAUCACUCUGGCUGGCAAUGGUGUUGCUGGCACCAAUAUCAUAAUAGGCAUAAUUGCUGGCACCAUUUUAGUGCUGGCCCUUAUAUUAGGAAUAACUGCGUGGGGUUAUAAAAACUAUCGAGAACAGAGACAGUUACCCCAGGGAGAUUAUGUAAAAAAGCCUGGAGAUGGCGACUCUUUUUAUAGCGACAUUCCUCCUGGAGUCAGCACAAACUCAGCAUCUAGUUCUAAGAAGAGGUCUGCUUUUCUGUCGCAUUUUCAGAUUUCUACCUGUUCCAUCACACAUUAUUCCAUUAGUCAGAACAUUUCAUUAUUUUGCAGCAGGUCAAAUGGGCUCUCUCAUUCAUGGAGUGAAAGGAUUCCAGACACAAAACAUAUCUCAGACAUCUGUGAAAAUGGGCGACCUCGAAGUAACUCUUGGCAAGGUAACCUGGGAGGCAACAGAAAGAAAAUCAGAGGCAAAAGAUUUAGACCUCGGUCUAAUUCAACUGAGAGGGAGCCCCAAGCACCUGAGCCUGGGCACUCCCUCGCCCAGACAGUCCCAUCCCAAGGCAUAAGCCCAGGGGGCUCUGACAGCCCCCAGACAGGGAAUCUGGAUCACAGCUCCCAAGAUGGCCAACAUCAGGAAGACAGGACUUUAUCUCCUGCCAAGUCUCCUUCUUCAUCAACUGGGUCUAUUGCCUCCAGCAGAAAAUACCCUUACCCAAUGCCUCCACUUCCUGAUGAGGAGAAGAAAGUGAACCGACAAAGUGCCAGGCUAUGGGAGACAUCCAUUUAAGAUCCACUGUUUACAUGUGACACAUGGAAACUGUUUACUUCAACUUUUAUAGAAACCCAGCCUCACGGAAUCACUGCAAAUCUAUCUGCUCUUCAGACAAUACGAAGACCCUCUGAGAUGCCACAAAGGAGAGGAAGCCAAAUCCCACAUCUGGAUACCAUUCUCUUCUUGUCAUGGGCUUAGGAUUUAACUGAACCAUGAAAAGAACUACUGAAAUGUUACACUAUAACAUGGAACAGUAAAGGCACUGGUACGUUAGUGGAUAAUCUGCAUGACAGAUGUAUGUAGAAAUAUCAGUAAAAUUAACUCUCAUGACCCAAAUGUAGCAAGUUUCCUAAGGGACAAUAGUGGAUUCAGAACUGGACAUUCUGAAGCACAUCCUCAUUGUAAACAGUAAUGCUAUAUGCAUGAAGCUUCUGUUUCUUGUUUUCCACAUUUAAAGAAACAACAUCCCAUAAUAGAUACUAGCAUGCAGGGCUAAAGCAUAUAGGAUUUUUCUGCAGGACUUUAAAGCUUUGAGAGGCCAAUAUCCCAUAUGCUAACUUUAAACAUGUAUUUUUAUUUUUGUUUUUGUUUUUUUACUUUUCAUAUUUAUAUCAGCAUACAAGGACAAUUGUACAUAUGUAAACAUUUUUAAAUUUAAAAAAAAAGCAGCUGUUACACACAAGUGUAUUUUUCCAAAUGCCUAAAAACAGUCACAAUCACAUCAUCAUCAUCCAUCCAGUGGUCUUAAAAGAUUCUAAGCAGAUGAUGUAAAUAUAGUGGUCAGUGCUGUAAAUUUGUCUCUCCAUAAUUGGUAUUUGUCCAAAACAUGUGCUCUCCCUUUAAACUGUGCACAGUCUGGAGGCAGUUUUAUUGAGUAAUCAAUUGAGUGAAAGAACAAGAUGCCCAGCAAAACUUCUGGCCUCUACUGCUCGAUGAAGCAGAAGUUCAGCGGUGCAGUCUCUGUGCUGCCUCGAGAUCCUCUGUUACUGACCGGCCGCUCCCUGGGAAGCAUCCCACCUGUCCACUUCCCUUCUGGGGGCGUACGGUGCCUGCUGCAGCAGCCGUUAUCUCUCAGUACCAGAGCGUACCUCACCCUGGAGGCCAGGGCGCCCCCCAGCAGUGUGUCCUGCUGAGAUAAAGCAAGUGCACCAAAGACAAGGAGACCAUGGGCUGCUGGUGAAUUGUAGCUUCCAACUUGCCAAUACUCUAACCCUUGGUGGCCUGAAGUUUUUGUUCCUUGACAGAUCUUUCUAGCCAUCCUUAUCUGUGAAAUGAAUAACUUGUUUGAAGAAAAACAACUUUUACAUUGUUUAUUAAGAACAUUUAUCAUCACUGGGAUGUGAGUCCCAACAGGUCAUUCUGCAGUGACUUUGAAGCAAGAAGAUGGAAGGUUUUACUAUCUGAGCUGGGAAGACUCAACAGGUAAUAAAGGGUUAAAAGAAAUCGAAAGCCACAAAGACGCAGCAACUGUGAAGUUACCCACACAGCUGGCAAGGGGACAAACCUGAUGUUUUGAACCCUAUGUGUUUUUAAUUCAUAGAAAAAUGAGAAUUCUAUGUUAAAAGCCUCUUCUUUAAAACCAAAGUUUGAUAGCUGUUAUCAUGCAGCUCUGUCUUGCUGAAAGAAAGCUACCCUAGUGAGGUUCACAACUGAUGGGAUCAAUCAAAUGGUCUGCUGUGAAGUAUACUUUUGAUUUCCACUUUUUCUUGAGAGGAACAAAAUCUGCCGACAAGAUUUCAGAACUGCCCUCUAUAUUUUAUCUCUUUCAGCAGUAUCCACAGACAAAAUCCAUUUCAUCUCUAUGUGUUAUCAUCUUAGAUGCCCAAACGAAGGGCCAAGUGAGAAGUCAAUGUUUAUUCUGUGUGUUUAUGUCUUCUAUAAUGGACCUCUCUUCUGAAAGUCUUUGAAAAUAUUUGAAAAGCAGUUUACUCAUUCAUCCAAAAUUAUACAGUGUCAAGUGGCGUUUUUCAUGACAGGAAGGGACGUGAUUGUUGAUACUACACUAUCAACAAUCCAUCAGACCAAGGUUUGGGGGAGUGUUGGGCAUCAUUGCCACAUAGUGCAAGCCAAGGACAGAAGGGCAGACAGAUUGAAAGAUGUAGCGAAUAAAGUGAUUUUUUGACCAAGAUCACUUUAAUGUGCACUGAAUGUUUUCUGGUAUUGAGUAUAUAAAAGGCUAAUGUUAUAAGGUUUAUUUUGACUAUAAAAGAAUUUAUAGAUUUGAACGUAAGGUGCCUCAUGUAAAUAUGCUUCUUAAUUACCAUUACACUAGCCUUGAUUUGAAAGAAUCCACAAAUGGCUAGCUAAGUAGUCAACAGAUCUCUAUUUACCUGUCUUUCUACCUACCCAUCUUUCCUCAUUUUCUCAAUUAUUUUUAAAUGAAAUUACUUUUGAAUGAAUUAUUAAAUGAAAACAUUAUAACAUACCUAUUUGGAAGACAUGGUUGCUCUAAAGGUAUACAUAGUAGUUUAUAAUCAUCCUCCUUGGUAAUAACUUUCAUGUGGAACUGAAUAAGUGUUUUUAUUUGCAGAGAUUAUGAUUUUAGAAAUAGCUUUAAUGUUCCAUUCUGGGCAUCUACUCUAUCUCUCAUGUUUGAACAUUAUUAGAGCUGUUUGUGGAAUGCUUUGACAAAUUUAUAGUCUCAAUAGAUAGUUCCAAGCAGUAUCUUUAUGAGUACUCAUGGCGGCAUUCUAGAGGCAUUACAUCUAUUUAUUUAUGACUUUUCAUCCAUUGAGGUAGAUAGAAUGGACCCUAAAUACAAGCACAGGAUUAUUAUUAUUUUUUAAAUAUCUAUUUUGAAGAAAAACUUUGAGGUCACAUAGCAGUUUGUAUUGUGCAACUAAUAUUUAUGUCCCCCAGUCCACUACAGGAUCAUUACUAAGUAGAGGAGAGCAGUUAUUUGGCCUUUAUGUUCCAUCGUAUGCCUUUUCUCCUCUUUCUAAAGUUUUGCCACAUAGCUCAAGCCAAGGACAGAAGGGCAGACAGAUUGAAAGAUGUUGCAAAUAAAGUGACCUUUGACCAAGAUCACUUUAAUGUGCACUGAAUGUGUUCUGCAUAGAUAAGACUUCAGAUUGACAUCCCUGCUGCCUGAGAUGUUCCAUUUACCCCUAGUCAUUACAGUGCAGUAAACCCUGAUUUAAGGGAACAUUUUAAUCUCUCCACUAAAUGUCAACAAGGGAGCUACAGGAAGCACUUAAGGGAUGGAUUGGUGGACUGUCCUCUGCUUCCACUCUUUCUGUACAUGGGAAGUAGCACCCUCCUUCGGAGUCUGCAAGCUAGAAAAUGAUUCCCAGGUCACGUGCAGUCCGGGGAAAGGAAUAAAUCAGUACUUCUGAUUUAUUAACAAAACAGUGCAGUAUAAUGAGGGUUUUCAAUUGUCUGUAGCCGCUGUAUUUUAAAAGAAACCCAGGGCCUUGAUUAGGAAUAACCUGUCUUUAGAGCUCUUCCUUAAAAAAAUGUUGACUAAUAAAGCAAGUGUGGGGUUAAAAUGCCAAACUUAUGUUUUAGUUUGAUAUUGGUGCUUAAGUUAUGCUACAUUUUUUCUCUCUCUUUUUCCCCUCUUGUUUUAAAAAGGCUUUUGAAAUUGUGUUUGUACAUAAGGUCAGUCCAGCACAGAAUUUCUGAAAGUAAGAUUGAUAGGGUUUCUGUAAGAAGUUGCUGGAAGGAUAAAAUCAGAUAUUCUGUCUACUUCCAGAGAAGGACUAUAUAUGUUUGAAUUCCUCAACAGGCUUACAUUUCUCAUCCUUUUCUGUUGAGUCCCUUGCAUAUUUGCAUAAUUUAGUCCUGUCCAUUGUCCCAGAUCUGUUAUGGCUACUUGUUACUUUUUUCCGGAUUAUGUUCUUUACUUUUUCACAGUCACCUUUGGGCCAGAGGAAAUACGGCAUUUCUAUUCACUUCUUUCAGCAUUUCAAAAUCAAGUUUAUUCAUUAAUUUAUUUCAUCCAUUCAUUUCCUGUUGUCAUGUAGUUCUAUUUUAACCUUAAAUAUAUAUAGUGCUUUAAAUAUUUCCUUAUGUUAUUCAACAUGAUAAUAAAUCCUUAUCUAAAGAAAAGACUUUUAUUCUACUUUAUUUUACUUAAAGGAAAGGGAAUUUAGUAGGAAGAUGCUGAGUAGCUUGCACAGUGUAUGGGAAGGGGAGAACGAAAUCCAGAACUGACAGGAGUGAAAGAGGCGAGACAGCAGCCUGCUCAGGACAGCGCUGGCUGCUGCCCCCACACGCCCCGUGUGGGCAGCGUAUUUUAUCUGCCAUCCUACCGGUUGGUAGAUUGGCAUCAAUUUCCCAUGAAACUCUCUGAUUCCCAUUUUCAGUAUAAUGUCUACUUUUUAUGUUCCUAAUUAUCUUUUUAUUUUUCCUCUAAAAUUACCACCUAAAUACUGUUUUCCCUCUUAAAUAUAUGGUGUCAAGAUGAUUUUCUCAUUCUCACUCUGCUAGCUUAAAAUAUAUAAGCAGAAAACAUUCUGUGGAAUAGUGCUUAAUUUGGGGAUCAAAUAAGACAUUUGAGAUAUUUCCGAAUGAAUAAGAUUACUCAGAUUUUUUUUUAAUUGAAACAUAAUUGAUUGUAGACUACUCUGAUUUUGGAUGCAGCAACUUUUGUCCUGUCCUGGGAGAACUACGGACUGAUAAACAGCUUCCCGUUUAUUGUACUGUGAGGCGCCCAGUCCGCUCUUGUGAAAAUGGGCUGAGAGGCAGCAGCCAUUCCCUGCCGUGCAGCCUGCUGUGAAAGUCCACCUGCUGGGAACUGUUGGCACAUGCUCGUGGCAUAUGCUCUGGGAGGCAGGUGCUUUUAAUUUCAAGAGCAGCUUUUCUACCACACCUGCAGAUGCAGAGCAAACAAAGAUGCAGUGAGACUUUAGAAAGCAGAAGACAGUAUUUUUAUUCACGUUUUAUUCAUUGUUUUGUCAGAGCACCAGAAUGGAUCAUCUUCCGAUUCGGUUUGUAAGCAGAAAAACAAAACAAACAUUAAAAAACAAAAACUUGCCCAGUUAGUAUUUCUGUCCUUUAUAUCUAUGGCCUGACAAACAGUAAGCAUCCUCACUGUGAGAUUUAAGGGGUGCUUCCAGAAACUUCUUACUUCCAAAAAGGCUCCCCCUUCACCAGCCGUGCAGCCCUUUCUUCUUGACUAGGAACUUUCACUGUCAUGGAGGUUGGUCUCUUCUUUGGCUAGAUUGGCACUUUGGAGGACCCUAGGGAAGCAUAGCAGGGGUGGGAGACAUAUUUAAUUUUCUCCCAUUGGCACUUGGCAUGGAUUAUGCAACUUUGGAAGUCACUGAGAGAUGAGUCCUCAAGGUGUGAAUUUCAGGAUGGGGAGGAGAUAAGAAGCAGUGAGCUUUGGGAGGUUGUGGGGCAUUUAGUCCUGGUGCGGGAGUAGAACGGACAUCCACAUGAAGAGCCCGAAGCCAAGUGUGCAGGAGAGCACAGAUGGUCCCUGGAGGUGUGGUGGGGAGACAGUGCUGGGUGCCUCAGACAGACUGUGCUUUGCAGUUUUAUUGAGUUUGGGCUCUGUGAAUACUUCAUGUUCCAGUCCACCAUGGGCUGGUCUCUCCUGCCUGGCGUGUCUCUUGCACUGUUCAUAGAACCAGUAUCAUUCUAGGAGGUGCUUCAAGGCUGCCAGGGCUUUGGUCAGGGACAUCAUCAUUUCAUGUUCCUAAGUAUCCUUAAAAUCAAAACCAGACAAAAUGUGCAUUUUGUUCUGUUUUACAAAAAGUAUACAAUGAGACUGAGCAAUUUUAUUAAGAUAAUGUGCAUAUAAAAUCAUCAACAAAAUUUCUAGGAGCACAUGAAGAAAAGAGUAUUUUCCUCUUGUUAAAAAAAUACUGCUAAUAUGCAUUCAUUUUAGGACUUAGCCUCUUAUUUUAUGUUUCAGGCUGUGACUUGUGUUUUGAUGGUUAAGCUCUAAAAUAAUGCAAAUAGCCCCAAAUCUUUAAAUAUAGCGGUGCUAAGUUAUACCAGAUAACACAACACAGAAAGUGCUGACAUGAAUUAAUACACUUAGUAAUAAUACAAGUUUCUUCUAAAUUAUACCUGUGUAUCACUGCCUGUUUAGAAACCCCACUUUUCUUUUUUAAUCCAGCACAAAAUCAAGCUGAUUCUACAACCAGUUACUUUUUAAUAAGUAAAAAUGACCCAACACCUUUGUUUUUUGUACGGAGAACUUUUCUUUUUUACACUAUCUGCAAAAGUGCUUAACAAAAGGUUUAUUCAGGAUAAGUACGCAUGUACUCCUUUUUUAACUUGUUGAAAGACUUGCCACUCCACACUAAUAUCCCUAAAAGACAACUUCUUUCAGAAACUGGGUGUUCUCCCUAAACGUAGCAGUUUCUAUGUUAGCCAGUGUAGGUCUUACACUUGUGGUGUUUCCACAUCUCAUCUUCAACGGGGAUGUCCAUCUACAGAUGGUGGAAGCCACCCUGUGGGGAGGUGUUACUAGCAGCAUGGGUUCGCUCUUAGUAAGCAGGUAAUCAUGCGUAUAUACUUAGACGUGUAUCACUGUAACAUUCUGCUAGUCCGCACUUCAGGUUCCUAAGCAAUUUUUAAAAUAACUGAGUUUUGGCAAAUGCCAAGUGAAAUAUAUAUGGCGACUGCUUUCCUGAGCAAGCGUGAUUUGUUUUAUGGCUGUUCAAGUUAUAAUAAAAUUGUUCUGACAUUGUAGGUAAACAAAAUUUUGAUUUUUUAAAGGUCACUGUAACUUGACGUUCAAAUUUCUGGCACAAUUAGUAUUCACUUCUGCAAAUAAGAUACCACAAUUUUCUAUGUUAUUCAUUGUAAUAUCAAUAAAGUGAAUUUCAAUAAAAGAUUUAUGUUAUUUUGA